AUGAGAGUCAGUCUUGCGAAAGAGCAGCUCGCGAAGGAAUAUCUUCUCGCUUUUAUAAAGAAGAAUCAAGACAGCGGCUGUAAUACCUUAAGCAGUUCCCGUCAGCUGCCUUUAAAUGACUCUGAAAUGUUUAACAGCUUUGCCGCUUUGGGAGAACGUUUGUUUUCGAGGAAAACCAGUCGUCGAGAUGGAGGUCUUCACGGCAAAGAUGACGAUACUACCGCCGGAAGAAAAACCUUCACUUUGCCGACUCAGCAUAGAAACGGAACGCGUAUCUGUGGUCGUGACGCCAGCGAGCGGAAGGACGGAGGAGGCAAUCAAGAUUCCCAGACGUCAAAGGGUGAUAUAUCUGGCGCCAAUGACAAUUUUAAUAACACGAUGCUCUCUUGUGCUGCUAGUUCGCCGUGUGACACCCCUGUCCGCGGUUGUGUACCCAGUGAAAACACCUCUGUGGUCCAAUCUCUCAUUCAACGAAGUGGCCCUCGGGAAGAGCCUAUAUCGAUUAUUCCAUCCAUUGGACCACGAAAACAAAGACCCCAAUUCCUCGAUGUGAAAUCUAUCACCGAAAUGCCUGGGAAAAGCGUUUUAUCAGGAGAAAACUCCCCUUCGGAGGAGUUCUACGACGCUCAGGAUGAACUACCUUCGCAGGAACCUUUGGCGGUAGUUGGUCCUGAUGCGGAUAGGGAAGAACCAGUAGAAGUUGUCGAUAAAGACCCGAAAUCAUGUAAUGAGGCCGAAAAGGACGUUAGGCCUCUAACUGAAACUCUUCCUUCUGAAGUUGACGAUGGUGAAAUGGACGAGUUUCAAGAUGCAAUGGAUAGCGAUGUACAUUCAGUGCCACAAAUACCCGUCGACAGAGGUCAGCGUAUCUGUGACAGAUCAGAAAAUGACUUGGGGUAUAACGGAGAGUGUUACAAAUCUCCUGAACAAAUCGUAAAUCAGGAUAAUCCGAAUUUAAAUUUUUUCUCUUUAGAUAACAAUAAAGUAAAAGAAAACAGUACACCAGAGCUCGAUAUCCCCAAGAUGAAAGAGACGAAUAGAAAUGUGUUCGAAACUAAUAAUUGUGACCUUUUAGUGUCAAAUAUAGGCCCCGUAGGAGAAGUUGAAAGUGAUAAACCAAAACUAAGAACGGGUACCUUGACAGAAAGUAAUGAAAGUGACAACCCAGAAGAAAGUGUAUCUUCUUUGCACGAGAUCAAUGGAGAUGAUGGUGAGCUUGAAGUCAAAUUCAUUCUAGAUGACGUUAUGGAAAGAAACGAAGGUGAAAAAUCGCCCGGAAAUACAGGUACCUCGAUAAAUAGCGAUGAAAGUGACAAGAGGGAAGUGAACUUGUGUACAGAUGACAGUGGUAAAGUAGAAUUAAGUACAGAUGCCAUGAUAGAGAGUGAUAAAGGUUGUACGAUCGAGGUAAAUACAGAUAAUGAGACAGAAAGAGAAAGGUGUCCAUUUGAUGUGUCAUUGGAAAAUACGAGGGAGCGUAACAUAGUAGAAAUAAAACACGAAAAAGGGACUGAUGAUGAUGAUGAAGUCAGUUUUGCCAAAGGUGAAUUUCACAAUGGAUUGAAUACGGGAAAGGAAACGUGCAUUUCAAAUAACACAAGUCCUUCUGAAAUAGUCCCUGUUUCCACAGAAGACUUUGCGGAAAACAUCAGUCCAUCAGAAAUGUCCCACAAUUCCUCGAAUUCUUCUCAUUUUGACAAUCUCAAAAUUGCAAAGAAACCGCCCAUAGCCCCUACGCAAGCGAAAAACAACAAUGGCGCAGCCCCCCAGAAGCCCUCACGUAUCCUGACAGAAUUCAAGCCGCUGCAGAGGAACUUACAAAAUAGCAGGUUAAGGGAAGAAACGCGCCAGAUUGUUAUGAUGCUGGAGAACGACAAAGCGUGCAAGGUGCCCCGACCCAACUUGGGCCUUCAAGACAGGUUGAAAAGUCUCAUGAAGAAUUCCGUAGCGAAAAAGCCAAGAAGUUGCGUCAAGGGACCUCGGUUUUGUGGUACCUACGUCAAGGGCAUUACCAGUUUGGCCAAUGAAAAGCUGGAGGCAAGACGUGAUUCCUUUCAGGAAUUCAUCCAACAACGUAAGGGAAUCCAAUGUGAUAAGCCGGUACAGAAUCCACCUUCACUUUCAGGGAAAAAUUCCAUUCUAAUGUCAUCUACUGUCUUAAUAAAGGGAAGUAAAGAUCCUGUAAUCAUAAGUGGCAAGAAUACCAUAAAUGAGGACAUUGGUAUAACAAUGACAAGCCAUACAGAAACGGUAUAUAAUGUUGGUGAUCAAAAUGCUGUUGAAAAUGAAAUGACCAAAACAGAAAUUAAAAAUGAAACCAAAUCUUUCCAAGAGGAACUUUUGCUCUCGGAUAAAGGUGCAAAUUGUGAUGAUAGAAUUGAUUAUUCUUCACCUCACCACACUAAUGAAAAUAUUAGCUUUCAUACUGCUAAUGAACCUAGUGGGCCUUUUCAUAAGCACCAGUAUAGCUCUGCCUGUUACACAGAACCUGCAAAUGAUUUUGUAGUCCUCACAGACAAGCCAACCACAGUCAGUGAAAAGAUCACUACUACUUCAGAUACUGCUUCAGAUCAGUCCACACCUCACGUUGAUGACAGCUGUGAAUUUAAAUUGCAGAGUUCCUGUCAGCCAGGAUUUUCUGGUCAGACAUCUCCUGAUGCGCAUGACGAAAGGUCUAAUGCCUCUGAGGUCCAAAGCAACAUUAGUGACAGUAAACUUUUUGAAAAUCACUUGAUCAUGGAUCAGUCUGAAGAGAAAUUCACUAGAGGCGAUCUAAGUCCUGAUAAAGGAUGUGAAAUUGGAGUAACCCCAGUUGUAAAUGGUUUUCCCAAUUCAGAAACUCUUUCUAAAGCCACAGGAAGUCCAGGUGAAGAGGCUGAAACUUCGGGUAGCAAAACGACCACAGAGGCUGAGCCUUCUGUAGAAAACAGAAAGAGAAAAGCGAACAGACACUUGCCUCAGCAGCAGCCAAGCAAAAAAUCAUUGACGAGCAUUGACUUGCAAAAGCAUAUAGCAUCUUUAAACAAAGUAUCCAAAGAGAUGGUUUCAAAGCAGUCAAGUAAAGACAAAGAUAUUGGGUUAAAAUUAGCAAGCAGCAAGGAUACCAGUAUAAAAAGUAAAUCCCCUCAUAUUCAGAAGGAAGUUUGUGAUAUGAUUGGAGUUUCAGACACCGAUAAAAAGGAUUUUGUGACAGAUUCCUCUCUUCAUUCAGACAAUGUUAAAGAUGCUUUCACACGCACAGAGACUUCCCACCUGGAAAACGAAAUGGACAUGAACAAACAAAUUUCCAAAAGCUCAGAUUUUCAGAAAAAUCUCACAUUACAUAAAGAAUGCAAAGCAAAACCUUCUAAGGAAUCAGUCACUGACCUCCCAGGCAACAGUAAUGAUAGAUCAACCUGUACAGAAAACAAGAGCAUGAGCAUAAACUCCAAAAUUCAGGAAUAUAAGAAUGAUUUUAAAACGACUAUCAUAGAAGCAGACAUAACACGUCUAAAGAUGGACAAUUUAGUAGCAAGACAUUGUGGGGCUCAUUUCAUAUAUAAGAAAACAAAUGACAUGAAAAGAGACAACAACAGAAGAGCAGAGUCAGAGUCAAGGAGCUUAUCGGAAGCCAUGGAACAAAGAGAAAACUCCAAAAUUGAAACGGACAGCCCUUGUCACAGCGCUGCCGAAAAACUGCCAAAAAAUGAUCAGAUAGAAAAAGAAAUUCCACUGGAAAAUAGAGAGAGAAAUUCAGAUUAUUGUCAUGUCAGGAGUAGAUAUAGUAGCGUAGAUCAUCGUAGGCUCUGUCAGUCAAAGAGCAGACGAAAUACAAUAGCUCAACGUCGCUUUUCCUGUUUUCCAGAUGGAAAAAAUUCUAGGUCAAGUCAGUCUUUGAUAAACAAAGGUAGUGCGAAAGUCAACUGUACCAGUUUCACACAGACAAUGUUGAAGAAGUGUUUGGAAAUUGCCAUUGAUAAAUGUGAAAGUAUGGGUUGGGAGGCACCAGAAGAAAUAUCAGAAGCCCCUUCAGAAAUAUCCAAAUUCUUGUCUUUGGAAGAAAUGAAUAAGGAACUAGCUCGGGCUGUCGCCAAGCGUAAUGCAGGAAGAGUACGAGAAUUACUGAAACAAGGAGCAGAUCCAAAUAUUUUAUGCGGACAUUCACCUGCUUUGCUAAGAGCAGCCAAAGAUGGUAUGCUCUAUAUAGUUCAAGCUCUUAUUGCAGCUGGCGCUGAAAUUGACGUACGUUUAUCAUCUGGCGAUAGUGUUGUUCACGUAGCUGCUCGAGGAGGACACAGUGAAGUGAUUAUAGAUCUGAUUCACAGUGGGGCUCAUGUUGAUGCAAUAAAUCGCAAUGGAGUAACUCCUCUUCAGACAGCUCUUGCCUACGGACAUUUAGAGGUAGCCCAGAUGCUCCUCAGAAUGCACGCUGACAUACUAGCCCCAAAUAAAGUAGGUGAAACUGCUUUGGAAAUUGCAAAUAACUUGGGAUACAUAGGCUUAACAGGCAAACCAAGGGAAUUAAGGAGAGAUUCAGCUCCUGGUACCCGCGUGGAGGUUCCUCCUACAGAAGUUCCAGUGGCUGUGAGAAUGAUCCAAGGAAUAGAAGAGGGUUGUGCUGCCACUGUAGAGGAAUGUUUGAACCUAGGUGCCCAUGCAAAUACAGUAGUUCCCCUUGCCUUGCACUGGCCAGCCAGAGCUGGUGUUCUGCAUCGUGCAUCUCACCACGGGGAAGAUUUAAUUGUAAAGUUACUGUUGGCAGGUGGUGCAGAUAUUAACAUGAGAGAUGUAGUUGGUAAUACACCUUUACAUGCCGCUGCUCAAGCAGGGUAUAAUAAAGUUGUUAAAGUCCUUUUAGCCAAUGGGGCUCAAUUGGAUUCGGUCUCCCAAUCUGGAAUGACUCCACUCCACAGGGCUGCCUCUAAAGGGAAGGACCUUACAUGCAAUUUACUUCUGAAACGAGGAGCCGAUCCCAAAACUGAAGAUAAUGCGGGUUGCACGCCAGCAGACUGGGCAAGAAAGCGGGGUUUCAAGAGCUUGGCAAAGAGGCUAUUCUAUCGGCGCAGAAGCAGCACUGCCCUCACUGCAGGGGCUAACCACAAGCACCAGCUGCAACACCUAAGCAGGUUGCACCAAGCAGCACUGAAGGCUGGGCAAAGGAGCAAUUCCAUGGAAAGUGAAGAGUAAAGACAUCCUUUAAAAGACUUUACAGUACUACUUGAUCUGUGAUUUUUAGUAAAACAAGUAUCAAAUAAAUUUGAUAUGAAUGUCUGAAUUUCUUUGCAAUAAAACAAUAUUUA